CUCAUUUUCACUUUCAUCAGGACUACUGUCGUCUUCCUUACCUUGGGUUUCCAACCCCAAAUAUUUUAAAGAAGAUAUUUUUAUAUAUAGCAGAGACAAAUGGAGGUCUAUGGUAAUGGUUUCUUGGAAGAAUUGCUAUCUUUGAGAUCAAGUGAUUCAGGAGAAGUAAGCUGUGUUACUCCUAUGGAAAUGAGCAUGAACAGUGAUACUUUCAAUUACAGCCCCAAUGUGUGGGCCCCUUCCUCUAUUGAGGAAAACACCAUUCUUGAUUGCAGUGGAGAAGACCAAAUUAUACCCAUCCCCCCUACUACUUCUCCUUUUGAUGGCUACAUAAACUGUUGGCCAUUUGACCAUCAAAUUCUCAUAAACAACCCUUCCUUCUUCAAUGAAGAGCUCUACACCCCACAGCUCACUGAGUUACCAGCCCCACCAUUUCAGUACAGUAACAAAGAGGAGAUCUUAUCCUCUUCUUCUUCUUCACUUGUCUUUGACCAUGAGGUAAAUUCCUUUCACCAUAUUCAGUGUAAAGUGGAGCCCACAGUUUAUAACCAUCAGUACAGCAGUGGGGGUGGGGGUGAGCUAUGGCAGAAUGGGAGUUUCAGCAUUGGGUCAUUUUCCCCUGAGGAUGAUAAAAAGCUCAAAAACAAGAAACUGGGUGGACAACCUUCCAAGAAUCUGAUGGCUGAGAGGAGGAGAAGGAAGAGGCUCAAUGACAGGCUCUCCAUGCUUAGAUCAAUUGUCCCCAAGAUUAGCAGGAUGGACAGAACAUCUAUACUUGGGGACACAAUUGAUUACAUGAAGGAGCUGCAAGAGAGAAUAAAGCAUUUGCAAGAAGAAAUGGAGUUGGGGCCAGAUCAGUUGAGGUUAAUGAGCAUCUUCAAUGAUGGGAAACCAGAUGAAAUUUCAGUCAAGAACUCCCCAAAGGUGGAUGUGGAAAGCAAAGAGAGUAGCUGUGAUACCAGAGUUGAGAUUAGCUGCUCAGCAAAGCCUGGCCUUCUGCUCUCAACAGUGACCACACUUGAGGCUUUAGGCCUAGAGAUUCAACAAUGUGUUGUUAGUUGUUUCAAUGAUUUUGCAAUGAGAGCUUCCUGCACUGAGGAAUUGAGGAAAAGUGAAGCUUUGAGCGCCGAAGAUGUAAAGCAAGCUUUGUUCAGAAAUGGUGAAUAUGGAGGGCGGCGUCUUCAUUAAUAAAAAAAGCAAGUUGAAAACUUUAAUUUGGAUGAUUUAUUAUGUUUCAGAUUAGGAUGUAUUUAGUAUUUACUGCUCGAAUUUAGUGUUUGCUUUUUAAUUAAUAAAAAAAGCAAGUUGAAAACUUGGCAAAUUUCUAAUUUUGUGUAUGUUUAAUCCUAUAUUUAGCACAUUUCUAAUUUUGUUUUGGUUUGAUUUGCUUAAAAUGUC